CACUUCAUUUAAAAAAUGGCCGUUUGUGUUUUGUUUUAGUUUCACGUUUGAAUUUUCUUUAAAGUUUUUAUUUUAAAAUAAUUAGUUUUGAUGCAUUAGAUUACGUUAACCGGGUCUAAAUAGUAGUGCAAACUUAAGAACUGUGUAAUUAAGUUGUAUAUAUCUUUGAUUAGUUAAAAAUGCCACGGACAAAAAGGCCAGUAAGGAAACAGGAAAAGACCGCUGAAGACGACGAUGCCUUGAAAAAACUUAACAAAUUGGUCGCAGACCAGAAAAAUAAAAUAGAUUCUCGAGCUCACAUGGAACUGCGGAAUGUAGAGCUUGCCUUCAAGAUAUUGCUCGGGUCUAUCAGCAAUGUAUACCUGCAGAAAACUGUUGGACAACUGAAAUCAGAGCUACAUCUGAAAGAAGUACCAUCAAACACAAGGAGGACUCGCCAUUCAAGCCGCUCAGCUUCACAUGAUGAUGGGUAUCUGACGGAGAACUCGUCGCAGGGCUCCGGCGGCCGCACCAAGAGGCAAAUACCGGUGCCAACAACAGUAGGUAGAUCGACAACGGGUCGGUCGACGGCGACAGCGCGGCGCUCCCGGUCGGCCGACGCGUCGUGUCGCAAGCUGCCGCCGCCCACCGCCAACAAGACCGUACAGCGCCGCCGCUCGCGGUCCGUCUACCGCACGCCGGCUUACAAUAAGAACGCUGCCGUCAACUAUCCUGCUAUUACGCCAAAGGUGACCCCUCAAACCCCACUAACAGUACUGCGUCAGCCGCGGCAGGGAGAGAUGGUGGUGUCCAUGUCUGGCUCGCCCGUCAUGGUGCCCACUUGUUACACAAUGAAACCCGACGAGAUGGCGAACUGCAACAUCCUCCUACAAGACGGCACGAUGCUCUCCCUGCAGCCCAAACAGCUGCGCCAGUCGCAAGCGUACAUACCGUUCUCUCUCAUGGACUCCAAUGUACUCAACCAGCUCAAAACACUCAAAGACAACCUGGACAAAGUGGUCAAACUUGGAGAAAAGGCUAUAAAAUAAGGUUACCCAACCAUUGGGAAUAUUGCCUUUACCUUACCUACUGUACCUCGUGAUACAUAUUGCACAUCGAUUCUUGGAAAAAGAGAAUUUUGUAUACAACUUUUCUUUUUUAAUAUUUUUUUGAUUAGAGAAAAGUGCUCGACUAGUUUUAGCGUCUUGGGCCGAUUUUUCCAACGUCAGAUCAAUUGUAUUGGAGAAGAAAUAAUGUUGAAUAUUAGACAAUUUAUUCAUACUCAAAACUGUCAAUUUGGAGAGAGGAGAGAGACUAUAGAUAAGAAUCAUCUAUUGAUUGAAUUGAAAAAUUAGCCCUUAUAAAUCAUGAGCAGUGUGUGCAAUUAUGUCUCCAAAGGUCAAUGUGCAAUAUUUAUCGCCGGGUAAUGUAUUGGUUUUAUUCCUAGGUAUGUGAAAAUGUCCUAUUCAGUGAAAAUGCUGGUUUUAUACAAAUUGAGAAUACUUUGUCCAGUAUUUACUAGUGUAAUCCAGUUUCUGGGAAGUUCUUAUUGAGUGGCUGUACCUAUAGGAAUUAUUAGUUUUUAUGAGUGUGAAUGUUUUAUUGUUUAUGAAUUAAUUCUUAAUGUUAUGGCUGACUUAUGUAUAAUUGUGUACCUUUUAUUAGUGAAUUUAGUAUUAAAUCUUGACUUUUGACAA